GUGUGAUAUUACAUGGAGGGGGGCGUUUAUUUAUUGAUUUAAUUAAUUAAUAGAUUUUCUCGCUGGCUAAGCUUGCCUUGAAGAGACGGUUGCCUGCGUCCCGCGCACGCGCUGUUUCCACCCGGCCGCUGCGUGGGGCGGUCGACCUCAGCGCGUAAGUACCCCCGUGCGCUCUCCUCCGCUCUGGCGAGUUCUGCGCGUGCGCAGAGGGAGAAGAAGUAACAAUUUUGACCAACGGCUGCUUCAGGAAUGGUGUCUGCUGGUCAUCUACCGCCUCUGCCAACUAUUGGAGAGAUUAUUAAACUCUUUUGCCUUCGGGCAAAAAAGCAGCUCUCUCAGAAUUUUCUGCUGAAUUUGAAAUUAACAGAUAAGAUAGUGAGACAGGCUGGCAAUUUGAAAGAUGCCCAUGUGUGUGAGGUGGGCCCUGGGCCAGGUGGGAUUACGAGAUCCAUUCUUAACGCCGAUGUUGCACAGCUCUUGUUGGUGGAAAAAGAUACUCGCUUUAUUCCAGGACUACAGAUGCUGUCUGAAGCAGCUCCAGGAAAAGUGCGCAUUGUUCAUGGGGACAUUUUGACUUACAGGAUGGACAGAGCUUUUCCAGAACACCUUCGAAAAAUGUGGGAAGAUGAUCCACCAAAUAUACAUAUCAUUGGGAAUCUGCCAUUCAGUGUUUCAACUCCUCUAAUCAUCAAGUGGCUUGAAAAUGUUUCCAAUAGAAAUGGACCUUUUAUUUAUGGCAGGACUCAGAUGACUUUGACUUUUCAGAAAGAAGUAGGAGAGAGGCUCAUAGCUAGCACAGGAAGCAAGCAACGCAGUAGACUGUCCAUCAUGUCUCAACACCUCUGCACUAUUGAAAACUGUUUCGUAAUUCCAGGUCAAGCCUUUCUUCCAAAACCAGAGGUGGAUGUGGCAGUUGUGCAUUUUACCCCUUUGGUGGAGCCAAAGAUACAGCAGCCCUUUAAACUGGUGGAAAAGGUUGUUCGAAGUGUUUUCCAGUUCAGAAGAAAACACUGCUGGCGAGGAGUAGGAAUCCUGUUCCCAGAGGCUGAUCGUUUGAAAAAAACUGAACAGCUGAUGCUGACAGCAGAUGUGGACCCUACUCUGCAGCCAGCUCAACUCUCUAUGUUACAUUUUAAAAACCUGUGUGAUGCAUAUAGGAAAAUGUGUGAUGAAGACUCAAGUCUUUUUGCUUACAAUUACAGAGAUGAACUAAGGGAAAAGCUGAGGUCCAAAAGAAACAGACAUUUAAAACAAAUGGAAGAGGAAGUUGAGCUAUAACAAUUUUAGUAAAGCAGGCAACCUUUGUUUAUUCAGUGUAGUUUACAACUGUUGUUUUAGUAGACUGAAGACCUGUACGUGUGCCUGCAUACAGACAUACCCAUUGACACCAGAGUUUUGCGGAAAGACUGAAAAAAAAAAAAAGUACCCAUUUUCUUAGUUACUCCAUUUGGUCCUACAGAAAGAAUCGAUGUGCAUUGUAAGUACAGGGCCCUUACUUGGUUUGGGGCUGCAGCUGCCUGCCUCCAUACUCUACCUAAACAUUUAGGUCUCAGUUUAGCAAAGAGCUUAACCUUAAUUUAGAUCUAAAUUGUCCUAUUGACGUCAGUGAGACAAUUCACGUACCUAAAGCUAGGAACAUGCUUGGCUACCUGGCUCAGUAGACCUGUCUCAGACUUUUU